UCGGUAGUGAAACCCUAGCCCCUUAUUGUCCUCUCUCUCUCUCUCACUCUCCACCUUUUGUGUUCUACGAUUUUUGUUGCAGAUUCUUUCUGUUUUUAGGUUGCGGAGAAAAAUUGAAGAAAGGAUGAAGAACUGCACUGAGAGAUGGGAACUACAUUGAAAGUGUAUGAAUGUGAAGCGAAAAGAUCGUUUUCAGCAUGUGAGAGGUGAGAUAAUGCGCUGCUUCAUCUAUGUUUUAGUCCAUUGACUACUUCGAUGCAUGCAGCUGCAAAACUUCUCUUUUUUGCCAACUUCAGACCAAGUUGGUGCCGAUAAAACAUGCGUCUCUAUUCGAAGUUUGCGACAAUGAAUUUGACUCUGCAACUUCACUUCCUUUAGUCUCCGCUGUGUGAAGUAUACUUGGACUCCUCUCCUGUCGGCCCAUUGAACCACCCUCCAUGAUGGCGGCAGCUGCAGCUGCAGCUGCCGCUGUCUCCUCUGUUCGCUACCACAUUCCAGACUCCCUCCUCGCUGCCCUGAGCUCCGCCGCCACCUUCCCUUCCACCUCCUCCUUUGCCACCCUCCUCCAUGCCUGCUCCCGCCUCCGUCUCCUCCUCCUUGGCCGCUCCCUCCACCGCCGCCUCCUCCUCCUCCCCCCCUCUCCUUCCCCCUUUCUCUCCAACCACCUCCUCAACAUGUAUGCCCAAUGUGGUCGCCUAGACCUCGCCCGCCACGUUUUCAACUCUAUGACCCUUCGCAACCUCGUCUCAUACACCGCCCUCCUCACUGCUUACAUCCACCAUGGCCUCCACGACCUUGCCUUCCAUUUGCUCCCUCGUAUGCUCCCCCACCACAUCCCCAACGAGUUUGCCCUUGCCGCUGCCCUCUCUUCCUGCACUGCCGCUUUUCACCCUCUCCGCGGGUACCUCCUCCAUGCCCUUGCCACCAAAACCUCCCUAAACAUCAAUCCUUUUGUAGCCAAUGCGCUCAUCACAUUCUACUCCACCACUGAUGUCGACUCCGCUUGGCUCGUCUUCUGCUCCUUGCCCACCAAAACCCUUGUAUCCUACAACUCCAUGAUUGCUGCCUUCCUUCGCAACCACCAGCCUGGCAACUCUCUCACCCUAUUUGGCCAAAUGCACCGAGCCUCUCUCCCAUUUGAUCGUGCGACCCUUCUCGGUGUAAUUCCCUCAUGCACUGAUCUCCGCCAUUGCGGGCAACUACAUUGCCUCGCUAUCAAAACCAAUUCCCUUCUUGAAGUCGAAGUUGCCACUGCCUUUGUCAAAUCCUACUCAGCUCUUGAAGGCGACUUCGAUGAGUACUAUAAAAUCUUUUGUGGUGCCAAAGACCACGACAUCGUCUCGUGGACCGGAAUCAUGACAUCAUGCGCUGACAAGGAGCCAGAAAAGGCAGCUCUUUUAUUCCACCAGCUCCGUCAUGAGGGUCCAAAACCUGAUCGGUACACGUUCUCCAUUGCUGUCAAGGUAAGCGCGGGAUUUGCAACUGCACGGUAUUGCUCAUCUCUCCAUCCCCUUAUUUUGAAAUCCGGGUUUGGAGACGAUACAGUGGUUUUGAAUGCCCUAAUUCAUGCCUAUGCAAGGUGUGGUAGUAUUGAUUCAGCAGAGCAUAUCUUUGAACAGUUGAUGGAUCGCGAUGAAGUGUCAUGGAAUUCGAUGAUUAAGGCUUAUGCCGCCCAUGGGCGAGGAAAAGAAGCAAUAAGUAUUUUUGAAGAUAUGGUGAAGCACGUUGCUCCGGAUUCCGCAACAUUUGUUGGAUUGUUAACAGCUUGUAGCCAUGGCGGGUUAGUUGAUGAAGGUCGCGGGAUAUUUAAAAUGAUGCAUGAAGUUUAUAAUAUUUCCCCUCAGCUUGAUCAUUACGCUUGCAUGGUGGAUAUUCUAGGGCGUAAUGGGAACAUAAAAGAGGCGUACGAUCUAAUUGACGAAUUGCCGGUGAGACCCGAUUCCGUAAUUUGGAGCGCAUUGCUUGGGGCAUGUAGAAAGCAUGGUGAGAUGCAGAUUGGGGAAAAGGCUGCCAAAAAGUUAAUGGAAUUGGAGCCUAAGAAUUCAAUUGGGUAUGUGAUGAUUUCUAAUUUGUAUUGUGAAAGUGGAAAUUUGGGUGAUGGAGCGUUUGCCAGGAAGGAAAUGAAGGUGUGCGGGGUGAAGAAGGAGCCUGGAUUAAGCUGGAUUGAAAUCGCGAAUCGGGUGCAUGAAUUCUCCGCCGGUGCCCGUCGCCACCCACAAAGAGAACUUAUUUAUGUUGAGCUUUACAAGCUUGCAGAAAAGUUGAAGGAGAUGGGAUAUGUUGCACAAACGAGAUUGGUUUUUCAUGAGACUCUGGAAGAGGAUAAGAAGGACCGGCUUUUGCUUCACAGUGAGAAGUUGGCACUGGCUUUUGCACUGAUAAAUCCUUCAGCUGUUGUGGGAAGUGUCAGAAUUAUGAAAAACAUAAGGAUCUGCGAGGAUUGUCACAACUUCAUCAGGUUGGCGUCAAAAUGCAUUGGCAAGGAGAUCGUUGUGAGGGACGCGAACCGGUUCCAUCAUUUUGUUGCUGGGGUGUGUUCUUGCGGUGAUUAUUGGUGAUCAGUAUCAUGUCACGACAAUGAGAUGCCUGCAAAGAAAUCAAGUCCAAAUUCCUGCAUUAAGAGUCUAUGGUCCGUAAGCCGCUCAAAUUCGCGCAAAAAGUGGUGGGUGCCACUCUUAGCGGCGAAGUACGAGAAUGUUUUGAAAAGUUCUUAUUUAUAGAUGGUAAGUUCAUGUCACUCUUAAGAUCUAGUGUACACACAAGAAAACUGUCAAAUGCAUGACACUAUGGAUUUCAUAUCCACAAGCUCACAUCAUCUUGAUGACACCUUGGAGAGAGGUCGACCGGUCGCCCUUUCCACAAACUAGUGGAGUCAGCAUUUCAGAGUUCUCCUGCAGCUCAACCAGUGGGGACGAACUCUUCUUCUUAAGCGGACUGUGCACCGUCAGAAUGGCGAUUCUCUUUCUGUUUCUUCACCUCGAGCUUAUUGCUGAUGCGGAGACUAGCCGUCGUCAUCUACACGCUCCUCAGAUCGCAAGCACUGAGCAAUUAUAGUCGCAUUUUAGAGACAUAAGAGAUGCAGCGGAUCAUCGAAAGCACUCUGAUCGAGCACGUUCAUCGGAUGGAGAGCAUCGAGCCUUUCGACUGACUCCCAUAUGCGUGAAGACGACAACGAAUUGUUCAUCGUAUCGGAAAUGUCCAUCAGGAAUUCUGAAAAAUUAAAAAAAGAAAUGGUACCUCAUGUGAACUCGACAAGAGGGAAAAGUUUUCUCUGUAACAGCUACGUGAACAAUUAGUUUAUGUCAUAUGAGAGAUAUUGUUGUGUCUGAUAAAGAGUAAUAAAUGAUGUUUUUUUUUAAAAAAAAAAAUUAUGUUCUUUUAA